UAUUCCAGCAGUAGCCCAGCGCCAAGGGGGGCUGGGAGUGGUAGCAGUAGGUAGUUUGAAACAAGUUUAUCCCUCUAGCAAAGAUUAACGUAUUUAGUAGACAUCUAGCUAAAGUGAUUUCAAAAGCGGGAAAUUCCUCUCACUACGGCUUGCCAGUGACUAGCGGUUAACAAGUCGAGUUAAAUUAUCUGCAGUAUAUGAGUAAGAAAUUGCAUGGCUGGGGGCAGUGUCCUUGGAAGUGGAAGUCCACAGUUAAACUUAUGUGGAACAAAGACAGCAGAGAAGAAGAUGACGGCCCUUCCCCUCUCUCGAGCUGAGGUAUUUGGGCAGCUGAGGAAGGAGCUGCAUGACGACAAGGAGUUCCACCAGUCAGACGUGCACAUCUUCAUCAUCAUGGGGGCUUCGGGAGAUCUGGCCAAAAAGAAAAUCUACCCUACCCUCUGGUGGUUGUUCAGAGAUGGACUGCUCCCAGAGGAGACUCACUUUGUGGGCUUCGCCCGCUCUGACCUGACAGUGGAUGCAAUCCGUACUGCUUGCCUGCCUCACAUGAAGGUGGCAGAUGGUGAAGCUGAGCGUCUAUCGGCAUUCUUCAGUCGAAACUCGUACCUGAGUGGGAGGUACAAUGAAGAAAGCUCCUUCUCACAGCUGCACACGCACCUGUGCGCCCUUCCUGGGGGGGGAGGGGCAAACCGCCUCUUCUACCUGGCCCUGCCCCCCAGCGUCUACCAUGACGUCACCAAGAACAUCCGCCACCACUGCAUGAGCAGAAAGGGAUGGAACAGAGUGAUUGUGGAGAAGCCCUUCGGCCGUGACCUGCAGAGCUCGGAGGAGCUGUCUGCCCAUCUGUCCUCCCUCUUCAGCGAGGACCAGAUCUACCGCAUCGACCACUACCUGGGCAAGGAGAUGGUGCAGAACCUGAUGGUGCUGAGGUUUGGGAACAGGAUUUUUGGGCCUGUCUGGAAUCGGGAUAGCGUGGCUUGUGUGGUCCUGACUUUUAAAGAGCCCUUUGGCACCCAGGGGCGGGGUGGCUACUUUGAUGACUUCGGGAUCAUCCGUGAUGUCAUGCAGAACCACCUGCUGCAGAUGCUCAGCCUGGUUGCCAUGGAGAAGCCAGCCUCCACCAGCUCUGAUGAUGUGAGGGAUGAGAAGGUAAAAGUUCUGAAGUGCAUCAGUCCAGUGUCACUGUCUGAUGUUGUACUGGGGCAGUAUGGAGGCAAUCCUGCGGGAGAGGGUGAUGCCAAGCUGGGGUACCUGGAUGACCCCACUGUCCCCAAAGGCUCUCACACCGCCACCUUUGCCACCGCUGUGCUGUAUGUCCACAACGAGCGCUGGGAUGGUGUGCCCUUCAUCCUGCGGUGUGGCAAGGCCCUGAACGAGCGCAAGGCGGAGGUGCGGCUGCAGUUCACCGACGUGCCGGGCGAUAUCUUCUCAGACCAGUGCCAGCGUAAUGAGUUGGUGGUGCGUGUGCAGCCCAAUGAGGCCAUCUACGCCAAGAUGAUGAGCAAGAAGCCGGGCGUCUACUUCAGCCCCGAGGAGACAGAGUUGGACCUCACCUACCACAGCCGCUACAAGGACGUGAAGCUCCCAGAUGCGUACGAGCGGCUCAUCCUUGAUGUUUUCUGCGGGAGCCAGAUGCACUUCGUCCGCAGUGAUGAGUUGAGGGAAGCCUGGAGGAUCUUCACUCCUCUUCUUCAUCAAAUUGAACAAGAGAAAACUGUUCCCAUUCCAUACACCUACGGAAGUCGAGGGCCCCCUGAGGCAGAUGAACUGGUGAAAAGAGUGGGAUUUCGAUAUGAAGGCACUUACAAGUGGGUCAACCCCCACACACAGUAACGACCCACUUACACACACAGACAGACACUCAUUCACUCACUCGCUCACUCACUCACUCUCACACACUCACACAACUAGGCACACACACAGAUUGAGAUGGGGGUGCAGUAUACCCUUCAUGGUAGUGGUAAGAGGUUGUUAAACACCAACAGCGCUUGAAAAUGAUUGCAGGAGAAGGAGGGGAUGCACAUUCAUGUAGAGUAAACAGAGAUGGACACAGUACCACAGUUCUGCAGGGAGAGGGGUUCACAUGAUGUCCUGCUGUGCUCUAACAGCACACAUGAGGCAAAGACACAUUCAUCCCCCUCUUCCAUCUGUGUGUACAGUUUAACAGAUUGGACAGACAGGAAGAGAGAGUGAGAUCUGGUUUAAACCAGUUUUACUGUAGUUGAAACUCAUCUCUACAAUCCCUCCAUUUCCUUUACAUUCCAUUGCUUCCAUAAAACUAAAAAUUUGUACUCGUAAGAAUAAUAAUGAUCCUAAUGAAUGUUUGAUUGUAAUAAAAUACAUGACAAAAUAA